CGAGUCCGAACGAUGCGGUUCGUUUUGCAGCUCCGUCUGCCAUUCUCCUCGAGACUGAGAGGACUCACCCCGACCUGACCGCAUUAAUAUGUGGGGCCCACCUGGAGGGACAAACUGCUUACGCCACCAUCGUUCGCCGCCGGCGCCCCCUACUUCGCCUCUUUUCCCCAGAAUUCCACCCAGAGAGAGAGAGCGAGAGAGGGAAGAAGAUGUGUACGCUGGAGAAGCGCGGGCGAGUGUGGCUCCUCACUCUCGGCGGCGACGCCGAUCACCGACUGAGCCCGGGCGUCCUGGACUCUCUCAACUCCGCCCUCGACCGGAUCCGCGCGGAGUCGUCCUCCGGGACGGCGGCCCUCGUCGUCGCCGGCACGGGCAAGUUCUUCAGCUACGGCUUCGAUCUCGAGUGGGCCAAGUCCGGCCCCUUCAUGCCUCGCAUGCACCUCAUGAGUGACAAAUUCCGCACACUUGUCUCCUCUCUCGUCUCGCUCCCGAUCCCGACCAUCGCAGCCGUCACCGGCCACGCCGCGGCGGCCGGAUUCAUGCUGGUCCUCGCCCACGACUACAUUGUCAUGAGGAGGGACCGCGGGUUCCUCUACAUGAGCGAGCUCGACCUGGGGCUGCCCUUCGAGGACUUCAUGAUGGCGCUCAUCAGGGCGAAGGUGCCGUCGCCGGCGGCGCUGAGGGACGUCGUGCUUAGGGCCCGGAAGUUCACGGCCUCAGAGGCCGCGGACGCUGGGAUUGUCCACAUGAUCGCGUCGGAUGCUGGGGAGACGGUGGCGGAAGCCGUCCGGCUCGCGGAGGACCUCGCCGGGCGCAAUUGGGACGGCAACGUCUACUCGUCUAUCCGGAAGGCCGCAUUCCCGGAGAUCGCCGCAGCCCUAGGUCUGGUCAACGGAUCUGGGACGAAAGUAGCCUCCAAGCUUUGACCGAUUGGUGCGCAGCCGUGAGUCGUUUUCAGGUACAUUACCGAAGCUGUGUGUUCGUUGGGUCCAACAUGUGCACUGUAUUUGUUUGUUGUGCAAGACGACUACCAAAAUACAAAUACAUUUUGGAUUGGUUGAGACGAUA